CGCGCAACGAACACCGACUACAACACAAGACAAGAAUUGUUGCGCUUCCUUCCUUUUUUUUAAUUUUUUUUUUUUUACACCUCCUCAUCCAAGAUAACGGCAAGAUGCCCUUUGAUCCAACAACAUUCACAAAGGCCACGGCCGCCGAUUAUUCCUCCUCAGAGUCCGACGCUGAAGAUGAUGAAUAUUUGAUACCCUCGACCAACCACCACGACGAUGAAUUCGCCGAUCACAACCCCCGAAAACGAAGGCGCACCGGCCGCCAUGCAAAAGAGAGCGCCGCCCUUGGAAUUUUCGGAUCCGAAAGCGAAGAUGAAGGGCCCAGUCGAAAAUGGAAACACAAGCCAUUGCGCAACAAGGGCGUUAGCUUCGUAUCGUCGAGCAACGUGAAGCCCGGCCCGGUUGAAGACGAAGACGAUGAUGAGGACAAGGAAGACGAUAAGGAUGAUGAGUACGCCGAGUGGGAUGACGAUGGAAAACCUACCAUGAUGACCUCGACUGCCACCGCCGCCGACGGAGACGAAGACGAAGACGAUGAAGACGAGGACAUGGGAGGCAUCGGCCUGGGCUUUGGUGGUGGUGGUGAGGCUGCUGCCGCUGCCCAAGGUCUCGGGUGGACCCCCCCAACGCAACAACAGAAGCCUCUAAAAAGCGCCGUCUUGAAGGCGAUGCCAUUCGUCAAGUCAAAAGUAGAUCCUAGCAACCCUCUGGGAACUGGGUUUGUGCCAAUGUCGGCGAGAGGUCCAACUCUUCUAAACCGUGACGACGAUGAACCAGCGAAACCGCGCGUACCUGCGGCGAGCGCGUUCACAAAGGGUAAAGGUGGGAAGAUCAAGACCAAUACCAAUUCUUUCGCGGCGAGAAUGAUGGCCAAGAUGGGUUAUCAGGAAGGAAAAGGUCUUGGAAAGGAGGGCCAGGGUCGAAACAUUGUCAUCGAGGCCAACCUGCGCCCACAAGGCGCCGGUCUCGGUGCUGUCAAGGAAAAGACUGAACAGGAAAGGCAAGAAGAGAAACGACAAGCACGUCUCAGGGGCGAGGAGGUUAUUGACUCGGAAGAGGAGGAAAAGAAAAAGAAGGCCGCGCGCAGGAAGAAGGCUCUGUCUGGUGGACUGGGCAGUGGUACAGGUAGUGGCGCAAGCACGCCCAAACGCCAGAAGCCAAAGUACCUGACAAUGGAUGAGAUCAAGAAGGCCGCCCCCGGCCUCAAUAUUCCCGACGCGUUUACCCCUAUCUUGGAUCUGACCGGUCCCGGCAAAAAGAUGCUGACCACCUCGUCAGGCUUGAUGACCCCCACUGGUGGUACUGCGCCUGUUGAGUCUGCUGAAACGGCCGAAUCCCGGAAGCUCGUCCGCCGUGCCCAAAACGACUUCAUGGCUAUUCUUGAGGAAUGGCAGAGCUUACAAGAGCGCAAGGCAUACAUUGAGCUGCAGUUGAAACAAGAAAGGCAAGAGAUGGAAGAGCUGGCCACAACGUUGCAAGGCAAUCAAUCACUCACCAGUGCCUGCGCUGCAGCGUCCAACCCAACCGAGAGCGGCGAGAUUGACCGCAAGGCUGAUCUCAACUAUCGACUGGGUCGCAUCAUUUCAGGGCUCAGUGAUACUUACUCGUCUCUGUCCGACAAGAUGUUACCUCAGAUCAAGGAAGAGCUCACAUCCCUCGUCGUCGCUGCCAUCCACCCAGCCUUCAAUCAAUACCGCCAGCUCUGGGAUCCUCUCGAGGAACCUAAACCAAGCUUCGUCGAUGGUCUCAAGUCUAUCCGAGGCUUGCUCAGUCUCGACCAACAAAUCAAAAAGACGUACCGCCGACCGACCGCCAACCCCUACGAAACAAUGAUGUACGAGUUGUGGUACCGAACCGUCACCAGCGCAGUCCGCGAAUGGAACGUCCGGGAACCAGACCAGCUCAUUGCUGUGCUAGAAGCUUGGGAUGACCUCCUGCCUGGCUUUGUCCGCACUCAGCUUCUACAAGAUAUCAUUCGCAAGCUGGAGGAGGCUGUUCAGAAGUGGCAACCAAAACGACACAGCGAGCACCUCCCUCACACUUGGAUCUUUCCCUGGCUGCCGUAUUUGCCUUCGGUCCAUCUCGACCCAAGAAGCUCGUCUGGUCUGGUGGCAGAUGUCAAGCGCAAGUUCAGACAGCUCAUUGACUCGUGGGAGUUCAAGAGGGGUGUCAUUCCCGGCUUGAAACCCUGGAAACAAGUGCUGCGUGGAAGCAGUAAUAAGAGCGACCAGUGGGGGCCGCUGGUGAUGAACCAUCUUUUGCCUGGUUUGGCGAGGUAUCUUGGGAAGAGCUUCAAGGUUGAUCCGCGAGACCAAGAGCCGUACAUGAAGGUGUUGGAUAGGGUGUUUGAGUGGUUGGAGUUUGUGAGUCCGACCAUGAUUGGGGAGGUGCUGGUGGCGGAGGUGUUCCCCAUGUGGCAUGAGGCGCUUUACCAAUGGCUUUUGCUGGAAGAUGCCAACUAUGAUGAGAUUGGUCAGUGGUUUGAGUGGUGGCAGGGGGAGGUUUUCCCCGAGGAGAUUAGAGUGUUGCCAUCCAUCACGGCGGAGUUUGAGAAGGGUACUGGUCUCAUUGAGAAGGCGCUUGAUUUGGGCGAUAGGGCGAAGGAUGAGCUCAAGCCACCAGAGAAGGGCCCUGCUCUCAGGAGUGAAAGGCGGGAUAGGGAGCAUAAGACAAGGAAACCUGAACCACUGGUGGAAACGCCUGUUGGGGAGCCGCCAAGGGAGGUUUCGUUCAGACAGGUCAUGGAGGAGUGGUGCCAGGAGAAUGAUUUGCAGUUUAUGCCUGAGAAAAACGUUCAUGCCGAAGGGCCGAUGUACAAGAUCUCUGGCAAUGAUGCCAAGAAGAGUGUUUUGGUGUGGUUUAAGGGGAACACGAUGUCGGUGAAGACAAAGACGCAUGGGACGGUGGAGGUCAGGAGGGAGAAUGAGGAUGAGUACGGGGUGUUGUUGGAUUUGGUGGUGUAG